AUGUACCACACGACCCGCUCCAGCGGUUCCAGCUACGACACUGUCACCACUGCGACUUCUGCGCUUUCGCGGAGCACGUCGUGGAGCGGCAUGACUGCUGUCGAGAGCCUCAGUCGCGGCAAGUACCCCGCUGCCCCAAAGCUGGCCUUCCCCACUGUGCCCGAGGCAAGCGAACUGAGCUCCGUGUCACCUGUCCCAGUUGUCUCUUCGACGUUCACCUACUCUCCGGCCGACAAACCCACACGCCCCUUGCGUCCCCUCCCCAGCCUUGAAGUCCCCGCACAGGCUGACCGCCGUCACCCUCUCCCGGAGCAGUUCCGCUUCUCAAACUACGAACAGACUCGACAGGACACUUGGACCCACACCCUCUCCACCCUCUCCAAAACAUGCUCCACUUAUCCCGACAGGGAGAAGAGCCUGCUCCGACGCGUCAUGAAGAACAGUGUUACCCAUGUCCGCACCCUCUCGUCAGGCAGUCUUGAACGCAUCCGUUCCCUCUCUCGCCGUGCUGGUUGCCGCCGAACUAGCGUCUAUGACCCAAAGUUUAUCGUGCCUGACACUUUGCCAACCCAACUUGAGCCCGCUUGGCCCGCUUGGCCCCCAAGCCACCACCGCAACACAAGCCGCAUCUCCCGCGUCAUUCUCCAAGUGCCUCCUUCCGAACCUCUUCUCCCCGCCGUCCUGGCUGCGGCCGACGACGUCACUGUCAAUGACGUCAACCUCCGUGUAGCUGUCGCCAAGAUCGCAUUGAUGGCCACCCCUUCGGAGACGGCGACCUACACCAAGCUGGCUCCGCUCAACGGUGAACGCGAAGCAUCCCGCCCAGACUCGCAGCUGCUCCCCUGCAUCGACUUUUCGGUUCCCCCAGUAAAAUGUAGGCCCUCGCUUCCACCUGACUUUCGGGGCCCUCUCGUGACGUGCUCGCGCAGAGCCAGCAGACCACUGUUCACGUACAUCUAG